AUGACCAGAUUUAGCUCACCAUUUAUAAAACAAACAUCAUUUGAAGUUGAAUAUGCACCAGCUUUUAUUACAAAAUGGAAGUCAGAACGAACUGGAUUACAAAUCACUUACAUAAAUCAACCUUCUCCAAUAGUAAGUGGUUAUUUUGCAGUUGCUACAGAAAUUGAAAAUAAUUCUGGUUGUCCACAUACUUUGGAACAUUUAAUAUUUAUGGGUUCAAAAAAAUAUCCAUAUAAGGGAUUAUUAGAUAGUUUGGGUAAUAGAUUAUAUUCACAAACAAAUGCAUGGACCGCGGUUGAUCAAACUGUAUAUACCUUAACAACUGCAGGUUGGGAUGGAUUUAAAACAUUGUUACCUAUAUAUUUAGAUCAUUUAUUUAAUCCUACAUUAACUGAUGAAGCAUGUCUAACUGAAGUUUAUCAUAUUGAUGGGAAAGGGAAAGAAAAAGGUGUUGUGUUUAGUGAGAUGCAAGGAAUUGAAAGCCAAUCAUGGUUUGUUACUUUUAAUAAAAUGCAAGAAUUAUUGUAUGCACCAAAAUCUGGUUACUCUUCUGAAACUGGUGGAUUGAUGUCAGAGUUACGUCAUUUAACCAAUGAUCAAAUAAAAGAGUUCCAUAAAUCAAUGUAUAGACCAGAUAAUUUAUGUGUCAUUAUUACUGGAUCAGUGGAUCAAGAUGAAUUAUUACAAAUAAUGACUGAUUUUGAUAAUGAACUUGAGGCAAAACCUACUACGCCAAAAGCAAGACCAUUUGUCGAUUCAAAAAAAGAUGAACCACUUACCGAAGACAUUAUCAAAACUGUUGAAUUCCCAGAAAAAGAUGAAUCCACAGGAGAAGUUUUAAUUUCAUGGAUAGGUCCAAAUGGUAAUGAUUCAUUAACUAAUACAGCUAUAGAUAUGAUUGGUGCUUAUUUCACAGACAGUCCAAUUUCAUUAUUCAAUAAGCAUUUCGUAGAGACUGAGAAUCCGUUAGCUACAGAUAUAGAAUAUACAACGGAUGAUUAUUAUAGAACAGCAUUAAAUUUUGUAUGUAAUGGGGUACCAACUGAAAAAUUAAACGAUUUACAAAUUAAGAUCAAAGAGCUUAUCAAAACUCAAACAAAUCCAGAUAAUAUGAAUCUUUUGUACCUUAGACAAAUUAUAAAUCAACAAAGAUUAAAAUUUAUAUCACAAACUGAAAAAUCACCAUCUACAUUUUCAAAUAUUGCUAUUUUGGAAUUUAUAUAUGGUAACCCAGACGGUAGUGAUUUACCGAAAUGGACUCAAGAUUUAAAAGAAUACGAUGAAUUAUUAACUUGGACAUCUGAACAAUGGGCUGAACUCAUCAAAACAUAUUUCGUUGAUAAUAAAUGUGCUACUAUUUUAGGUAAACCAUCUGAAAAAUUAAACGAGCUUACCAAAAAGCAAAACAAGAAAUUCCACAAACAAAUCAAAGCAGAUUUAGGAGAAUCAGGAUUAUUAGAACACAAGGAAAAAUUAAAAGAAGCACAAAAUUUCAACGAUAGACCUAUCCCCGAUGAAUUAUUAACUAAAUUCACAAAACCUGAUCCACUGAAAAUUUCAUUCAUCAAAACAAAAUCCUACAAAGCUGGUAAAACUAAAGGAAUAGUUGAUUUAUCCACAAAUCAAUAUAUUGAAAAUGACGAGUUUAGUGAACUACUUAAAAAAGAUACACCAACAAAUUUUCCCAUGUUCAUGCAUUUAGAAUCUUAUAAAUCUCAAUUCUCAACUAUUCAAUUAGUGAUGUCAUCCACUAAAAUGAGAUCAGAUUUAUUGAAAUAUAUGUCAGUAAUUGAAGAAAUUUUUACAAUGUCCAUGAAAUUACCUAAUGGGACAUACAUGCCAUAUGAACAAGUAAUAUCUGGGUUAAAUAGUGAUUUAAUAGAAUUUCAAUUAGAUAAUGGUUACGAUUAUCAAUUUUUAGAAUUAAUUUCAAUGACGGUAAAAUUUGAAAACAAGAACUACCAUAGGGCAAUAAAUUGGUUAUAUAAGAUUAUAAAUUUUGUUGAAUUUGAAGAAUCAAGAAUUAAAAUCAUAAUUGAAAAAUUAAUAAACUCAUUACCAGAUAAGAAACGUAAUGGAGAAUUAAUGAUGUAUUCAGCACAAUACAGGAAUUUAUUCAAUAAUAAAUCGCUAAGAAAAGAACAAGAUUUUAUAAAUACUGAACAAUUUUAUAGAGAUUGUUUAAAACAAAUAGAAGCGGGAGAAUUUUCAAAGAUUAAAAAGGACUUACUCGAAAUUAAGGAACACUUAUUCAAUUUAGAAAAUAUCAAGAUAAUAAUAAUAGGUAAUGUAACAACAUUAGAAAACCCAGUGAGUUCAUGGACAAAUUUCAUUCAACCACAACCUUCAAUAAUGAACAUACAACCAUUUCAAAACUUACCACGUUCAUUUCAAUUUAAAUCUUCACUCGGAACAAAAUGUAAUCAUGAAGCAUUCUUGAUAAAUAUCCCAGCAACUGAAUCAACUCAACUCAUAUCAGUGACCACAAUCCCAACUGAUUAUUUAAAUGACGACAUACCUAGAAUUUCAUUAGCUAUAGAAUUUUUAUGUGCAGUCGAAGGUCCAUUUUGGAGAGCUAUUAGAGGAACAGGUUUAGCAUAUGGUGUAUCCAUCAAAAAAAAUUUGGAAACUGGGUACUUAACCUUUUCGAUAUUCAGAGGUUCAAAUGCUAAACAAGCAUGGAUAGAAGCUCAAAAAAUCGUUGAAUCAUACUCGAGUGGUGAACAAAAGAUAGAUGAUUUAGUAAUUGAAAGUGCUGUUGCUGCUAUAAUCAACGAAAUUACAAAUAAUCAAGAAUCAAAUUAUGAAUCAGCAAGUAAUAAAAUUAUUGAUAACGUGUUUAAACGAAGAGGUCCAAAUUUUAUUGAGAAUUAUAUUAAACAAUUGAAUGCUUUGUCAGCUAAAGAUAUAGUUUACGUUUUGAAGAAAUAUUUUUUAAAUUUGUUUGAUUCAAAUAGUUCAGUUGUUUUCACUAGUUUACCAUCUGAUAAAAUUGAAGAAAUGGGUAGAUUUUUCAAUGGAAAAGGGUAUAAUAUUAACGUUGAGGAAAUUCAAGGGAUUGAAGAUGGUGAAGAAGAAGAAGAAGAAGAAGAAGAAUCAGGAAGUGAAGAAGAAGAAACUGAAGAAGAAGAAGAAGAGUCUAGUGAUGAUGAUGAAUCUGAAAGUGAUGAAGAUGAAAUAAAGAAUGGUAAAAAGUAA